GCAGGCAUUUUACAAGCAUGGCUUCAAAUAUUUUCAGUAAGAUUGUCUACUUGGUUUGUGAUGAGUCCCCAUGGUUUUGGGCAAUCACUACUCUUUUGUUCAUUAGUAUUUCAUUUGCUACUCACUUGUUUCUGUCAAAGAAAUUGAUCAAAGGAGAGAAGCCAUUGCCGCCAGGGCCACGAGGCUUGCCGCUUGUUGGAAACCUUCCAUUCCUAAAACCAAACCUUCAUAGAUACUUCUCAGACUUAUCCCAAAUCUAUGGCCCCAUCUUCAAACUCAAAUUGGGUACUAAGCUAUAUGUUGUAGUGAGUUCACCUUCCUUGGCCAAAAUGAUUCUUAAAGACCAUGAUACAUUGUUUGCAAAUCACAACCCAUCUAUUGCAGCAUCAAUCCUUUCUUAUGGUGGUAAUGACAUGGUUUGGAAACACCACGGCCCCGAUUGGCGCCUAAUGCGGAAGGUAUUUGUUCGCGAAAUGAUGAGUAAUACAAGUCUUAAUGCUUGUUACAAUCUUCGCCGGCGAGAGGUUAAAGAAAUGGUAAGAGAAGUUUACACCAAAAUUGGAACAUCUAUAGACAUUGGUGAGUUAAUAUUUGUAAACUUGCUUAAUAUGAUGAUGAACAUGGUAUGGGGUGCUGGUACAGUACUUGGAGAAGAAAGAACUAGCAAAGCUGUUGAGUUCAGGAAAGUUAUAUCAGAAAUGAUGUUUUUAGUGUCUAAGGCCAAUGUUUCAGAUAUUUUUCCAAUCUUAGCUUGUUUUGAUAUACAAAGGAUAGAAAGAAAAGGUAAGGAGUUAUUGUUGUGGAUGGAUUGUUUCUUUGAUUCAUUUAUAGGUGAAAGACUUAAAUUGGAUGGAGUGCAAGAGAAAGGAAUGGAUUUUAAUGGUACAGAAAACAAAGAUUUUCUGCAAAUUCUCUUGGAGCUUAAGCAACAAGGAGAUGGCAAAACAUCUUUGAACAUGAUGCAAGUCAAGGCUCUAUUAAUGGACAUUGUUUUGGGUGGAACAGACACCAGUGCCACAACAUUAGAGUGGGCAAUGGCAGAAAUGAUGCAACAUCCUGAGGUUAUGAGGAAAGCCCGAGAAGAAUUAGAUCAAGUGGUUGGUACAAGUAAAAUGGUAGAAGAGUCUUACCUAUCCAAAUUGCCUUAUUUAAAUGCAGUAGUUAAAGAAACCCUGAGGUUGCACCCACCAAUCCCACUCUUGAUCCCACAUUGCCCAAGCCAAUCCUGCACCAUUGGUCAAUACACUAUUCCAAAGGACACUAAUGUCUUUUUAAAUGUUUGGAAGAUGCAUAGAGACCCUGAAGUAUGGGAGAGUCCUUUGGAGUUCCUCCCUGAGAGGUUUUCAAGUGAUAGUAAUGGAUAUGAUUAUAAUGGCAACAACUUCAGUUUUCUUCCUUUUGGUUCUGGAAGGAGGAUAUGUACAGGAAUUCCCUUGGUAGAAAAGAUGUCAACUUAUGUCUUAGCUUCUCUCUUGCAUUCAUUUGAGUGGCAAUUAUCAGAAAAUGUAGAGCUUGAUCUAUCAGAACAACUUAGAUUCUUAUUGAAGAAAACAACACCUCUCCUUAUGAUCCCUACUCCAAGACUAUUCAAUGUAGAGCUCUACAUUUAAUAAAGAAGGAUUUGGUUUUAGCUCUGUUGUAUGACAUAAAU